AUGAAGUUCACCGUCGCUGCCGUUGCCGCUUUCGCUGCCUUUGCUGCUGCCGCUAACACCAGCUUGACCCCAGAGCAACAGUGUGCUUCUCAGUGCCCUGCUACCGACAUCUGCUGCGUAGCUAUCUGCUUCAAGGUUCCCUGCCCAUCCAACCAGGACGCCAAGGACACCACCAACUGUGCCUCCAAAUGCCCUACCAACCAGGGCCCUGAGGCUUAUGCCGCAUGCCAGAAGGGCUGCAUCCAGUCCCACUUCUACACCGCUGGUGCCACUCCCACUGCUGCUCACCCCGAUCCCACCAGCGGUGGCAGCUCUGCUACCACCACCGGAUCCAGCCCAUCCAACACUUCCGGCUCUGGCUCUCAGUCUUCCAGCUCCGGCUCCGGCUCUGGCUCUGAGACCUCUGGCUCUGGCUCCGGCUCCUCCCCAUCUGCCACCCACUCUGGCUCUGGCUCUUCCCCAACCCAUUCGGGUGCCGCCGUCAGCAAUGCCCAAUUCCAGCUCGGCACUGCUGCUGGUGUUAUCGGCCUCCUUGCCGCUGCCUUCGCCCUUUAA